UUCACAACGGGUGUGAUGACAAAAAACUUUGAAUGAGUUGACAUGAAAAUCGAGUGAUGUAGUUAUUAGCGCUAAGAAUGUCUUUCAUAAACACGAACACGAUAACAGUGUAAAUAAAGAAAAUCAUUCAGAACAUGGAUAAAAAUAAACUGUCGACUUUAGAUGUAUUUAUAAAAGAUUCGAGUAUUGACAGAGUAAAACUUUUUGCUGAACAUGUUAAAAAACUGUUUUUUGUUGAACUUAAAUUCACAUCAGCGAAAGGCAAGCAAUUUAUGCAUAUGGCUGGAGUAUGGCUGGAAAUACAAGGCCAAGAAUAUGAAAACGUUGUUAAAGCAAGGGAGUACGUGAAGGGCUUGUCAUCACCGGAAGAAGUUGUGAGAAUAAGUUUCCCUCCUCCAGUUUAUUAUUUACUGUGUGGUACAAACGGAGAAAAGUUAUCAAAUCUUGAGAAAGAAACGACUGCAAAUAUUGCAUUUAACUCUUUGGAAGAAGUUGAAAUAUCUGGCUCAAUAUCAAGCGUAACAAAAGCUUCGUGUUUUGUUGAAGAAAUCGUAAAAAAGUUUAUUGACGAAAAAAUUUCUGAAACUGAUACAGAUGAUUCAGCAUCGUCUAUUGGAAGAGACAGUGGAAUAUAUAUAAAAUGUAAUAGCGGCUCGGAUUGUUUUCACGACGAAAACUCUGAUAUAUCUUACGGAACUCGAUCCAGUAUUUUAACUGUUGACGAAGAUUUAAGUGACGAUAUAAGUUUAAGUAGAGAUUCACUGCUUGAUAGAGAAGAAUUAAAUCGAAGUCUUUCAGAGAAAGGCUUCAACGAUAUUAUUGAUAGUGAUCUAAUGGAAUACGCAAGAAAACUUGGCUACAGUGAUAGCCAAGUAAAAUCAGCAAUGAAAAAGUUAGGACCAGAUACCGUAGAUCAAAAUGAAUUACUACAUGAACUAAUAAAAGCUGCAAAUUCACAAAGAGACGGAAUAUCUUUUGAAAAUUCAUCAGAUUUGUCAACUUUUUAUGAAUCUGUAACAACCCCAUCAAAUACAGGAACUGCAUUUUUGCGUCACGUGGUAGUUGAUGGAUCAAAUGUUGCAAUGAGUCAUGGCAACAAUCAAGUCUUCUCAUGUCGAGGCAUUGCUAUUGUCGUAAACUGGUUUCAAAAACGAGGCCAUGCAGUAACCGUUUUUGUACCUAACUGGAGAAAUGAAUCCUCAAAGCAAAAUACACCAAUAAUUGAUCAAGAAAUUUUAACAAAGUUGAGCGAUGAUGGAGUUUUGAGUUUUACUCCAUCAAGACGUGUUGGUGGAAAGCUUAUUCAAUGCUACGAUGAUAGAUAUAUUGUUCGAUUAGCCGUUGAGACUGAUGGUAUAAUUGUCUCUAAUGAUCAUUUUAGAGAUAUACAAAGAGAUAUGCAUGAAUGGAAAGAUUUUAUUAAUAAACGUCUUUUAAUGUACACCUUUGCUGGCGAUAUUUUUAUGCCACCUGAUGAUCCUCUUGGUCGACAUGGGCCAACGUUAAACGAAUUUUUAAAAAAAAGUGUUGAAAAAAAAGGAAUACAAUUUUGUCCUUACGGAAAGAAGUGUACAUUUGGACCAAAAUGCAAGUUUUAUCACCCUGAACGUCGGUUUACAGGUUCAUUUAUGAAGAAACCUUUACCACCGCUGCCCAAUCAGCCGCAAGAAACUAAUAGUGGAUCACGACCUCGUUCUGAUCCUGGACAAAGUUUUUCAGCAGCACUUGACGGCAAACAAAGACCAAUAAGUUUACCUAACCUUGAACAGUUAUACGUUUCUCCUCCUCAUUCUUUGCAUAGGUUUAUUUACGUCCAAAAUAACGACUUUUCACGUCCUAUAAGUGGACCUCCUUUUCAAGGAAAUAUUAAUAUCUCGCAAAAUAUUAAUGCUAUAUACAAUAUAAACAAUGAAAUUAGUUUUUCAAUGGAACAUUCUCAUAAACAAAAAUUUAGUGGCGAUCAUUUUACCCCUCAAUAUUUACUUGUACCGCCACAUUGCAGAGGUGAAUUAGGAAGUAAUAAAACUAAUUCAAACAUACAAACUAACUGUGAUUACGUAGGUAGGCCUUUAUCGUCAGAUUUUAGCAGCAGACCAUCUUCUGGAGAAUAUAGUUAUAGCAGUGAAAGUAGGCCACAUUCUGGUGAGUAUGGAAGUAAUAGUCGUCUAUCAUCUGAAGAUUUUAGCCCAAUGCAACAAUGGAGUAUGGGAUUAUACCAGAGACAAUAUAAUCAUGGGAACUUUUAUCCUAUGAAAAACUAUUAUCGCAAUACACCGACACUUCCGGAAACGCAGGAAGAGACUCGUCAUGCACCGGGUUCAUUGAAAAUUGAAAUUGUAGAACAGCUUCGAGAACUAUUUCCAGAUCAAUAUGAUAAAAUUUUAUGGGUUUUAAGGACUUACCCAGAAAUAAAGAAUAUUGAUGAUGCAAUACCCAUUAUGAAAGAAUGUUUAAAUACGUAGAGUAUCAGAUGAUGUCAACAUUUUUUGUCACUUUUUUCUGUGUGAAUACUUUAAUAUUUAAAAUAAUCAUAGAAUUAUACCUUAAA